CUGCGAGUAUCAUUGGAUCUUAUUUUCUGCAUUGUGCCUCUAACAAAGCUGCUCUCUCGCCGGCCGCGUUCUGUAAUUGCUUUUUUAACUGAGAUCUGAAAGUGGCGUUUGUAGCCAGAUGGCUUCAGUAACAGAUGCCAGAUACAGGCAGAAAGAUACUUCAGAUCAAAAUUUUGAUUACAUGUUCAAACUCCUGAUCAUUGGCAACAGCAGCGUGGGUAAAACAUCCUUCCUCUUCAGAUACGCCGAUGACACUUUCACACCAGCCUUCGUUAGCACAGUAGGAAUUGACUUCAAAGUGAAAACAGUUUAUAGGAAUGACAAGCGGGUGAAACUGCAGAUUUGGGAUACAGCUGGACAGGAAAGAUACAGGACCAUCACUACAGCCUACUACCGAGGGGCCAUGGGCUUCAUCCUCAUGUAUGAUAUCACCAGUGAAGACUCUUUCAAUGCAGUGCAGGACUGGGCCACACAAAUCAAGACUUACUCCUGGGACAAUGCACAGGUGAUCCUGGUCGGAAACAAAUGUGACAUGGAGGAUGAAAGAAUUGUUCCCGUGGAGAAGGGGAAACAUCUGGCGGAUCAGCUAGGUUUUGACUAUUUUGAAGCCAGUGCCAAAGAAAACAUCAAUGUGAGGCAGGUGUUUGAGCGUCUGGUGGAUAUAAUCUGUGAGAAGAUGUCGGAGAGUAUAGAAUCGGACCCUUCCAGGGGCACUUUGGGAAGGAGCAUGCGACUCACAGACAACCCCCCGCCUUCGCAGCAGAACUGCUCGUGCUAGUCACCUUUCUCACCAAGAAACCUCCUUCUCCUUUCUUGAGUAAAAUUUAUCUUUUCAUUUGUGGUGGUGCAUUAUCAUGUAGUCCAAAGGCAGAAGUCUCUGUUGUAGGAAACUGGUGUGUUUGUUUAAUGUGCUGGAGUGUUAACAUUAUAUAUUUCCUCAUCCAAUAAUUAAAAAAAAACAAAACAAAACAAAACAACAAAAAUCUGAAUAAAUAUUGUAAGUGCACCUAGUGUUAAUGUGAGUUACGCUGAAGAAAAAAAAUUGUAUAGUGUUGCAAAUGUUAUUUCCACAGAUAAUGUUGCAUUUUUAAUUAUAAAUUCCUGCGCUGCAGAAAGAGGUGUUUUGUCAAGAACAGCAGGAAACGUUAAAACCAAUUAGAAGGUACCAGAUACGGGGGGGGGGGGAAUAUCUUAUAAAGCAAGAAUAGGCUUUUUUUUUCUUAUGUUAAAAAAAAUAAUAUCAGUCCCCAGAUAUCUUGAGUCAUUGUCACCAUCCUGUAGACACAGACCUCAGUUUUUCUGUACGGUGGAGCAGAAGGCAGUGUGUUUCUGCCUGACAGCUGGAGGUCCUCCAGAGACCCUCCACGGGCGGGUGGAUUUUGUGUCAAACCUGUAAAUGGAGGGAGAGCACCUGGAGGAAGCAAAGCUGCCAGGCAGGGGAGGAGGAGGAGGAGGAAGAGAAGGCCUUGCAGUCAUAACCUGCUUUCCCUGUGCUUUUGGUGGGUGCUGGGUGAAGGACCAAGAGCCCUUCCAGGGGCAGCCUUUGCCUGCAGCCUUCUCCACCACCACCACCAGUGAUGGUGUAUGGGGUGUUGGGGGGGUUGCUGUCCCAAAUCCAUCUUUUCUGGAAGCACAAGAGCCAAUUCUCCUGCAGGUUUUCCUCUCACUGUGUCCCAUAGUUUCACCUCUCCAGGUUAGGAUCUACUCGGAUUGACUGCCUGGUGGUGGAUUUGUUGCAGGAAAAGAGGAAUCAGCUGCAUGUUUCAUUGGGAGGCAAAAUCUGACGUGCAAGACUUGGAGGAGCUCUGUCUCAGAAAGAUAAAAAAUAUCAGGAGCCAAAAUGUGAGUGUUGGCCAAUAUUAGUGCCAAGAUUAUUAGAUUUUCUUUCUGCAUUUUGUUGUCGAUUUUUUUUUUUUUUUUUUAAUUUUGUGCUAAAUGGGUGCGUGUGUGGUGAUAAUUUUUCUGGUUUCAGAUUCAACCACAAAGUAUAACUUAAAAAAUAGGAAGACUGAUGGACAAAACAUAAAUAAAUAAAUAUAUAAAUAAAACAUAACAGCCGAUGAAAAAUGGCAAAGAUGUCCUGUUUAAGUGAUUCUGUGGAGGGUUUGUUGCAUCAUUCUUUGAAGGGAGGAACAAUUUUUAAUGCCUGACAUCUCAAAUGUUCUUCCAGUAUGUCAAAAAUUAUACAACUUCUGCAUCUGCCUGUGCAGAACUGCGUGCGCACUGGCCACACGCAGAGCUGGUAUCUCUCUGAGAUACAUGGGAGAACAGCUUCUGCCAGUCUGUGAAACGACAAACACUGGAUGCCUUUGUGAUCACACACUUCUUUUGUGCAGCCCAGCUCCAGAGAGUGGUUGCAAAUUGCAUCUGGAAGUGUAAAUUAGGUGGAUACGGAGAGUUUGCUGUCUUGGGGUGAAAAUUCUGAGUAGUUUUAUGGCUUUACCUUAGGCCUGUGAACCCCUCUGAGUGGGGAAGACUUUCUGAUGUCAGAACCUGGAGUUGAAUAUCCGCCCACUGCACUGUAAUUUGCUGGACCAUGACACUAGCGAAUGCCUUUGUGAUUUCGUUCUGUCUCAAAGUGUAAUAGUUCCAAGAAAAAAAGCACAAUAUUCCGGCAAAAAACGCAACUGCGUUGAUGUAGUUUGAGCUCGUUGUGCUAAAGGCUCAAUCCCUUCCUUUGUUUGGAUGUUGCUUUCAGAAAUCUUUACUGUGACAUAUUUUGGGCGUGUGUGAUCUAGUGCUGGAAGUGCGAUUUGUGGAAUGUGGUUUAUUGUAUCUUAAACCCCUGAAACUGCAAAAUAAAGAGAAAUGUAGUCACCGGG